GGCGCCGGGGUGCUGCGGAGCCCCGGCCGGAACAGGAUGGCGAUCCGCGAGCUCAAAGUGUGCCUGCUCGGGGGCUUCUUUCAUGACCAAAACCGUGCCUUGUGGAAAUGAGCUUCAUAAGUUCCUCAUCUGGGACACUGCUGGGCAGGAGCGGUUUCACUCGCUGGCUCCCAUGUACUAUCGCGGGUCCGCGGCAGCCGUGAUCGUCUACGACAUCACCAAGCAGGAUUCAUUUCAUACCCUAAAGAAAUGGGUCAAAGAACUGAAAGAACAUGGCCCUGAGAACAUCGUGAUGGCCAUUGCUGGGAACAAGUGUGAUCUCUCUGAUAUUAGGGAGGUCUCCCUGAAGGAUGCGAAGGACUAUGCUGAGUCCAUCGGCGCCAUCGUGGUGGAGACAAGCGCCAAGAACGCUAUCAACAUCGAGGAGCUCUUUCAAGGGAUCAGUCGCCAGAUCCCGCCCUUGGACCCCCACGAGAAGGGCAACAAUGGAGUGAUCUGCAUUCAUGGUGGGAAGCCACCCUCGCAGGGCCGGCGGUGCUGCUGACCCAGUGCCCAGGGCACUGCCACCUCAGGAACUGUACCUACGCUCUGGGAUUCAGGCACAGGCCUUGCUCCUGAGGCUGCAGGAAGUGGCAGGAUGUGUCUCUUGACAGGGAGUGGGGAAAGCACAGCCGCAGUGUCCCUGUGGUGUGCCAACACCAGCCGAGUGCUGCUCACUGGUUAACAGGGGCAGGUGCCUUUUUUGCUAAAAGCGUUAGAACAUUGUUGGAUUUGUCCACAAGUCUUAAGUACUGUUCUCCUCUCAGGCCUGUGUCACACGGCCAGAUUCCAGUAACUCCUCCCAUUUUGUGCCUGCCUUACCUGACUGGCCUUCACCAAAAAGUGAAUUUAAUAUAGAAAAGUAGAUUUCCGCUGGUUUGGGAAAUAAGCCUUUAUUUAUUGCGUUCUGAGAGGAGCCGGAGAAGCGUAACUGGACCACCAUUCAAGAUGAGUCUUGUACUGCUACGGAAGAGGAGGAAAAAAUGUUUGAAGACUUAUCCACAUUCCUUUCAGUUUAAUUGGUGAUCAUUUUAAGUUUUCAUCGGAUACAGGCAAACAGAGCCAGUCAUACCAUGACGCUGCAUACGACUCUUGGAUGGGGCGGCCAGCUUGAGCGCGCCAGCUAAAUCAGCACUACGUAGGCAGGGUUACAGGGGCACAUGAACUUCUCGAGGCUUGCCCUGCACACGCCGCUGCACGGCGACUUGCUGGUCUGAGGGGUGGCCAGUGCAUGCAGUCGUAUUUGCUGAGGAUGUGCCGCGGUGUCAUAUCUGGGAAAUUGGCUAGAGAGUGCUUCGAGUCUAAAUUCUAAUAAUAUAACAAAAACUAACUGUAGGUUACAGCAAAGCCAGACAGAGGAAGUGUUGCUGUGCUUGGGGACAGUCACAUGGCCACACAAAGGGCCACCAGGGGGACCGGCCAGGGGCCUGAGGAUAGACUCCGAGAGGGACCUUCUCAUUCAGAUUCCCCAUCUGCUCAGCUGAAGAUGUCCAAAUCGCAAGGAAAGAAAGAGAGAGGAGCAGAAGUUUUUUGCACCAGAAAUGCAAAUGCUAUUACCAUUUUAGUGUUCAACAGGACUUGGGAUGGAGGACCCGGGUGGGGCCGGCACAGGGCCUUGGAAGCAGGUCCUGGCACAGAGCGCCCACAAGCGCUGGCUGGAACCUUCUUCGCUGAGAGCCUCCCAUGGCUGGUAACCGUAGUGACAGCCCGCCAUGUGGCUACCAGAAAGGAGGCUGUGAGCUGGUUCGGGGCCUCGAGCUGUCUCGACGCAGCGCAGGCUGGUGUCAUAGGAGCCUACGCAUUGGUGCUGUCACAGGCAAGACAGGGUCAGGCAGCUGCAGGUCAGAAGGGAAACAGAGGGCCGGGGCCAGGCUUUUGGUUUCUCUACAUGGAUGGUACUGGGCGACACAGGGCCAGGUUCUCUCACACAUUGUUUUUCACCCCAAGGAUGUGCUGUCGAGUUGAGUUCUUACUGCUUUGCCCAGCUUUGUAGACGUGAUCGACAGCCUUAGAAUAUGAAGGCCAGAAAAGUUUGGUUUCAAGGGGGUCACUUGAGGCCAGGGAUAUAGCUCAGCAACCCAAGCACCUGCCUGGCAAAUUCUCAGUACUCCUUCCCCCCAGAAAAGGGUGGCACUUGGCUCCCGAGGUAGGUGGCCCAAAACCCACCAGCGAGUGGCACCGGCAUGUCCUGGCAGGGCCUCCACAGGAUUGGCAGAGUUCUUGUCCCUAUCAUCACCAAUCCUGCCCGGUGUGCUUCUGUUGCAGGCCCAGAAACGAUCGUACAUCUCGCUAGAGGAGAGAAAGUGGAGCUCUGAGGCGCCCCCUGCAGUGGCGCCCGGCCUCUGUCGGCCUUUUCUUGUGCCGCUUCGCCUCGGCACCUGGGCUUCUCGCCAGCCGGCAGCUCAGGUUGCUCCGUAAGACAGGUCACACCCCAGCAGAGUGCCGCAGCUUGAAGUGUGUCGGUGUGGUUGUAUUUGGCGUAACACGUCCAGCCUUAAGCCCAUGUAGGCAUCUGCCCCCUGAUGAGACCCCGGCUGUAUUUCAGAAGCGCACCAGGGGUGGGUCGUCCUCGUACUGUUCUGUGCUGCCUUAGCUACUGAAGCCAACCGACGGCAGACAUGCGCAUCACCGCGCAGAGCAACCGGCAAGGAAGGCAGGUGCGCCGUCUUCGUGUAGAGGUGGGUCUCCCCAAGGGCAGGCGCUUGGCCUUGUCCACGACGAGGCUCCCACCCUUUCUUAUUUGAAUUGCUUUCCGGCUGUCCUAACCACUGAUGCACAGCCACACCACAGGGCGGAGUGCGUGGAAAUGACCGUUGCUCCAGGGUGUCAAGCACUUCCAGGUCAUGUGAUGUCCUGGGCACCGUUUCCCGCUGCUUGCCUCUUCUCUCCUUUUUCUCUCCUGUGGGAUGUGUGUACUCGUGGGAAUAGGCUCUCUCCUGGUUGUGCUGACAUGUAACCCAUUUCAAGCUGGCUUGGCUCGGCUCAUGGCCGUGCACUGUAGGAAAAGCGUGAGUUCUUGAAGGCACCGCUUCCAGUGGGCUUCUCUAGAACUGGGAGUGGGUCAGGCACAUCUUUUACAUAUGGACAGUAUCGGCUUAUUGACUUGCUGUUUCAUGGUUUGAAAUGGCACAUUAGGGUGCUGACUGUGCCUGUGCCUUGCAGACAAACAGGUUGAAGACCUAGAGCUAAGUUCUACCCUAUAAUGUGGGCUGGGCCCCUGUGGAGAACAGCGCCUUUAGUGAGGGAGCUUUGGAUGACAGAAUACAGCUUCUGUGGUUGAAGACCACGUAAUGUGGCAGCUGAGCAGAGUGCCUUUGUGUGGGCUUCCCCCUCACGGGCUUUGACAUGCCUGGCAGGGCGUGUGACGAGCAAGCCCUCCCAGGGGGCUCAGGCUGCGCCCAGCCCGCCCAGGUGUCUAGCUCGCCCUUCACUGUCAUCCAGGGACGCAGCGCCAGCGCUGCGUACAGACUGCCACCUCGGCUGGUGUUCUGCAGGACGCUUCUAUCUGGGCUGGACCCAGGGCUUGUAUUUAGAAGACGCCACUGCAGACACCCAGGACCUCUGUACUUUGUAUUCUAUUCUGUAGUAGAACAUUUCCUUCAGCAAUGACCAUUUGUAUCUAUUGUUUUUGUUUUAACGCACACUGAUUCAU